UUCAUUAAAGCACUGACGGAAGGGCUGUAUGAGUGCUUUAAUGGGAACUUGCACCGGAAACAAUUAGUGUUACGUUUUGUUUUCUUUUGGACCCUGCAAGCUUUAGAAUAGGCAGAAAUGAGGUGCCAGCCCGCGUGCAGCAAAAGUCACUAUUACAAAUGCAGAAUGCCCUUCUUGCUGCCGCAAGUUUGCGUGCUUCGUGUAAAUGCUUUAAAAUUCCUGUUCUGCUUCUUCUCAGGUGCCAGAAUUCUCAUGUUCAAUUUCAAAAUGCCCUAGCAGCAAUGCAGGCUUCGGUAGUCCUAGCAGCGAGGUGGUCUCAGGUUGUUGGGAUUAGCAACCCACAGUUUUAAUUUGAAUAUAUAAUUUUAGUUAUAUGUUCAAUUACUAAAGCGCAGUAUCACUUUCACAUUGUGAGGUUUCAGUGUUUAACCUGUGUGAAAUGUCUUCUGUCUCUCACGGGGAGGCAGCAUAUUCUAAACAAAAGUGCCUGCAAACCUGUGCGUGGAGCAGAUGCAAGAAUGUGGUCAGUGCCCUCUUGUGGAAAAAGGUUUUACAAUAUACAAAUAAAUGCAGGGAGCUGCCAUUAGGGAAUUCAAAACGUUUCAGGUUGCCCAUUCGAUAAAACCGUACUACUGCAAUUAUCCCCCUGGCACCGUGGCCGCGGGGCUGAUGAGUGGGUGAUGAUACGUUGGUACGCCUCGUGUUUGGUUAUAUUUACUGCUCUUUAGGCAGAGCUCCAUCUCUGGACGCCUCUUGUAGAACGAUAACAUGUCUGCACAUGCAGCUGUGGUGUUUUACCUUAACACCCCACUUCACAGCUGAGAAUAACUUGAACCUGGAGACAUCUCCUUAGUCCUGAGCAAGACAGGAAAUGUAUAGUCCUGAUCCAAGGCAUUACUUUCAUGUGAGGCUUUCACUGGGAUGUAAAUGUGAGCACAUAUUUAACCAUUAGUCACGGCAAAACAAGAUAUGUAAUAAAACCUUUAACUACAAUCCACAAAAAGAAAGAAAGCAUUUAUCAAAACGCUUUUUGGCCAAGUGAAGGGACCGCUCUGGUAGGAGCCUAUGCUCCCUUCACAGAAAAUGGAGAGGAGAUGCAGCAUGCCCAAAGGCAUUUCAAGUCAUAGACAAUAUGAAUCACCUAAAAUUGCUUGCCUAUUUCCACUAUGUUCCCAAAUUGGAUAGCUUAAUUGGGUGCCUAAAGUUAGUGGGGAUUAAUUUGGGCCCAAGUGCAUAAAGCUAUGAGGUGAUGGGGACAUUAACCUCAAGAAGCCCAGGGAUGGAGGUGGUGAGGUGAGUGCGUCCUGCUGAUUCGAUGAUGAUGUGAUGUCUUCAAGAAGACGGGUGGAAUAGCCUUCCACAGGCGGUUUUGCUCUCUGUGAAGCAGGGGUUGUAACUUUUCCUUUCUUACUGCCUCUGAAGCAGGCUGAGACUGUUAGGAGUUACUUAAGAAGUAUUCUAAUAGGUUGUUGCCAUCAUGUUGCAAGGGAAUUCUGAGGUUUUGGAAAGAAAAGAGUAAACCUAUCUGUUAACUUGUAUUUUGUGUGGGGUCUGUGGGUGAUCAGAGCACAUGAGGGUUUUACAUAGAAUGGCUGCUUCUGAAGCAAACUGGUUUGGAAGGAUGUUAUUUCAGAGGAAGCGGGGAGCCCUGUGUUCUGUGCUGCCUCUCGCAAUUUAAAAGCAAAUGUUACAUUCUGGUUCCUUUGCAUGUUUCCCUUCUUCCUGCAUAGUUAGAGGGGAUGAAGUGUCAUCUGCUGGGAAAGGACAGGAUGAACGAGUUCUGUGUACUUCUUUACAUCUUGAAAGAGCUGCGUGUCUUGGUGAAAGUGACUUUUCACAGCAGGGAUUUCCCCAGAUUACUUUAGAGUUCAGGUAUUUGAAAAAGUUACUCUUGGAACCUGAACUGCAUGAUCUGAGGAAAAAAAAAAAGUCUUCCAAGUCUUCCAGUGAACUGAGAGAUAAAAACUUCUACAAGCACGCUUAGCCUCGCUAGUAACAUCAGUGAUUUGAAUGUUGCUGCAGUGCUUUUGGUAAAUAUUGAGACUGAUUUUCUGCUCUUUUUUUUUUCUUUUCAACGGAAAGGAAGAACUUCAUCAGUUGUAUCCUUUUUGUACCAUUCAUCCCUCACAUGCAGGAAUCUUCAAGAAAAUCAGCUGCAAAAGUUUCAUCUCUUCCUGCCUAAUAAAUCUGCACAAUGUUAUUUUAGUGUUAUUCUGCGAGUCUUCCAUCAUCAGCACCAUCCAUAUGAAGAAAAACAGAUAAAGCAUUUCUUCCAAGGGAAGAUGGUUUUUGUAGCUGGGGAUUUUUGCUGAGAUUUUGUCCCAUUCCUGCACAAACCCCUCUAACCCAUCUCCCAGUCUUGACAGAGGGCUGGCAGACACAUUUUCUGAUCUCAUAACUUCUCACUGACUUAAGAAGCAAGGCUAAAAAUUGUAUUUGUGGGUUCACAGACACAAGUGCCAUGCAGCACACCUCACAGACAGCUGACAAGAGGCAGUAAAAGUAGCUUUCAGUAGUACUUCCUCUUCUUUCAUAUUAAUUCACCCAACCUUUACUCUUGCCAAGAUCUAAGUAACCUCCUAAGAAGAGACACCCUUCUCUUCAGAGAUUUCCAUGCUUAGAACCCACCUAGUAAUUUUUUGCUCCACCCUCCUUCAACUGGAAAAACACAAAAACCUGGUUCUGUUUUAAUAAAAUGAGAUUCUCUGGGAACUGGAAUACAUCCGCUGCGUGUGGGUGGGUGCUCCCUUCAAAAACCGGAUGGGUCGUUCCCAUAAAGGAUGCCUGGGAUGAAAUCCCUGCUUAGAGAGUCUCAGGGUAUUUGAGAAAGGCUGGGGAGAGAAGAGGGGAUAAAGAACGCUCUGAGUAUAGAAAGACAGCUGGAAAUAAUGAAACCUGUACUGAUACCUUCCUUGUAUAAAUUGCAUUGUAUUAUUUAAGACUAAGAAAAGCAUCUGGUGUAAUUUACUUAUCAGAAAUACCUCUGAAUGGACAAACUUUCUAGACUCCUUGAGCCACAUUCCAACUUCUCCAUGUGGUGGUGAGCCCCAGGAUGUCCUUCGUGUGUCUUAUGUAUUGCAUUAAUAACAUGCUGCUGUGCCUCAGGAGAAAAUGAUCCCGUCAGUGUGUGGUACCUGCUAUAUAGGAAUUGUACUGACCGUGGGGGAGCUGCUUGGUUAUGAAGUUGCUCUUCUCAGCUGUCUCCAGGGGGAGCCCAGGUGAUUAACUCAGACCAGAGGCAUAACUUUAUGAUGGUUAUCAUCUUAGGAUGGCUGCAGAUUCUACUUUAUAUAAACGGGUUUUAUUACAUCUUUUACUUCUUGGCGACUCUUGCGAUGAUUGUUUAUAAAAGUCAAGUUUUCAGUUAUCCAGAUAAUUUUUUGGCUCCUGAUCUCACGCUGCUUUUCAUUAUGGCCAUUCUGGAAGCACUCCGAUUAUACUUGGGUUCAAAGGGAAACCUGACAGAAGAAGAGGCUCCAUUAGGGCUCAGUCUUGUGAUAACGGUCGGAAGUGUGAUUCUGUCUGUGUACUUCCUGAUAUGGCAAACUUACGUGCUGAAAGCAGAUGUCAUUAUAAACGCUGUUCUUCUCUUCACAUAUGGGCUUGAGUCAGUACUACAGGUCCUGGCUAUUGCUGCCUUUGUUGGCUAAAACCUAGCUAUGUGGCACAGCAGGUUUUCAACAUAUUUCUUCCUUUAAAGAGUGUUUUUUACAUUUCAAAGAUUUGAUUCUUUUGCAUAUAAAAAAUCUGUAAAUCUUUCUCCUGCCUAAAUUAUUUUUUUUUUGGCAGAGAUCUCCCCAGAUGGUAGGUAAGAUACCAUAAGAUAAUACUGCAGCUGUGUUAUGCUAUCUCACUAAUUAGCAUAUGUAUGGGCAAACACCAGAGAUGAUUCAGCAAAAAUGCCUGAUGUUCGUCAGGAAUCGAUACUAAAUGCUCACUCCCAACACGGAACAGUAGCCAAUGCAUCAUAUAGCGACGUGUCAUUGAGAUUGCAUGAGUUUUCACAGCAUGGCAGCAACGUACAACCAAAGUGACACAGAAGUGAAUCAGGCCAGCAUAGCAUGGACUCAUUUCUGCCUUGCCACAUACACUUCUGUGUGUCAGGGCACAAUUUUGCUUUAUUAUACAUCUUCUGCUCUCAUUUGUGUUUUCAGACCCCAGUGGUAAUUUCCCUGACUUUAGUAGGGCAGUAUCUGAUUUAUCCCAGUGGGAGAGAGUGGAAUUGAGUUUUGCUCAUACUUGGAGAGCUGAGCAGCAAGGUUUGGGCAGCUGGUUCUUGCUGAUGUGGAGGCCAAAGGCAGUAAUGUGAGGGUUUGUUUGUUUAAAUAGGACAGACCUAAGAUGAGCAUAAACAUUCACCAUUCGCACACCCUUGUGUCCUAUUUGAAAGCCCAACAGAAUGUUGUCAGGUGUAUUUCUGUCUAGCAUUAAAUGUAUUUAUAUCCAUGAUUCAGCAGAAAUGAAGAACUGUGUGCAAUUUCAGAUUUUUUUUUUUUACUCUAUCAAAAAUAUGCAAUAACAUGUAGCUUGAGGAGUUUGCGGGGUUUUUGUACAAUCAGUUUUUGUAUUCAGAAUUUCUUAUUUUUGUAUUUAUUUAUUCAAAUAAAUAAUGUGU